UGCCACUGGGGACUCAUUCAGGACCAUAGCAUCCAGCAACAGGGUUGGUGUCUCCACGGUGUGCCAGAUCAUCACCCCCGUAGUGACUGCCAUCUGGUACUGCCUUGUGGAGGACUACAUGGCUGUUCCCACUGGAGGUCCAUCGCAGAGGGAUUCCAGGAGCGGUGGAACUUCUCUCUGUGCUGUGGAGGGGUGGAUGGGAAGCAUGUGGUGAUGAAGGCACCCCCCAACUCACGUUCCCAUUUCCACAAUUACAAGGGAACCUUCUCCAUCGUUCUCCUUGCAGUUGUGGAUGCGAAGUAUCACUUCCGGGUGAUCAAUGUUGGGGGAUAUGGCAGGACCAGUGACGGUGGGAUUCUGGCGAACUCCGCCUUUGGACAGGGUCCCCUGGCUGGCACACUUCAUCUGCCUCCUGACCAGCCUCUACUUGGUGCUGAAGAAAGAAGACCCCAGCCCGCUGUCUUCGUGGCUGAUGAGGCGUUCCCGCUGCGAAGGGAACCUCAGGCAGCCCUUCCCUGGACGCACCCUUCCUCUAGAGAGGCGUGUCUUCAAUUACCGUCUAUCCAGAGCCCGGCUGGUGGUGGAGAAUGCUUUUGUCAUCCUCACCUCACAGUGGACGAUGUACCGGCGGCUCAUCGAGGUCCACCCUGAAAUUGUGGAGAAGUGUGUGAAGGUGACAUGUGUUCUCCACAACCUAAUGAGGUGUUCGGAGGGGAGAGAGGCACCUGCUGUGAGGGGCACGGGACAAGUUGGAGAGGAACCGCUGCCAGGUCUGGGUUGGGUUGCAGCAAAACUACUCCUACAGAGAGGCAGUCCGGGUCAGGGAUGCACUGUGUCUGGUCUAUCUGUCUGCUCUACUCCUGCUGGCUCAGUUCCAGGCUGUCAGGUCCACCACAACAAUACACAUUUAAUAAUUUUAGACCCUGACUCAUUAACUUUUCCAAAUGGUAGGUAUUCCACAUCAGUAUAUAAGGUAAAAUGCUAAAAACAUUCAUAGUUAACAUAGUUGAACAAGGUCAUUCCUCAUUUGAUGUAUACUUAUUAUAUGGGUCUGUGUCAUUUCUUUGUUCAGGUUAUUACUGUAAAAUAAUCAGUCAUUUAUUUUUGUUUUGAUGAUAAAUGGAGCCAGCCUCCAAAAGUAAUUAAUCUGUCCUGUGAUUUCUUUGUUUUCUUCACACAACACUGUACAGACACACUAAAGAUAUUGGUUGACUUUACAUUAUAAUACGUUUCAUAUAAUCAAGAUUUACAUAUGGAAUAAAUAGCAUUCAUUACAAAACGAAUAUGUGUCAUAUAUUGAAAUUAAGUUUUUAUGUGAUAAAACACUUGCUUUGUUGUGAAUUAGAAACACACCAGGCAUUUAGUCAUAUUUAAA